ACUGAAUCAUAAAAAUAAGGUAACUUUCGACUUCGAGUUCAUGAGUAGAUUGAUUUAAAAUUUUUAGAAAAUAAUUUUGUUGUGCACCAAAAGUACUAAAGCUUAAACUUUUCUUUAAGGCUGCAACAAAAUACAUUUGUCGUUACUAUACCGCCGUCCACUAAUAAGAUCUGUAUCUAAACUGUCUAAUUUAAAAACAUUCCAUAAAAAUAAGUACAAAUUCUUCAAUAGCAGUUAAUUAAUAGACACGGAAGCAUUGUUGCAACAUAGACAUUUAGCGAGACACUACAAAUGGCCUACAAUGUAAGUACGCUUUCUGAAACUAUUAAAAUUUCCUUAAAAAUCUGUCCAUAUCUGUCUAAUAGAAAAUAGCCUACUUCUUAAUUACCGCUGAACAUAUUAAUUUAUGAUGAAUGUUUAGUAUUAAUUUGGGAUAAAUCUUUCAUUUAAGUAGAUUUUCCGCAGUUUCAUAAAUUAGGUUAAAUACCACGAUUUUCACCUAUUAGUCUGUCUUACCAUCAAUUAACCUUUAAAUAUGGAACAUGCCAAACAGACCUAUCACUCGCAAACCUCCAACUACCGAAAAUAGGAAGGAAGUUAGUACGCCCAAUUCACAGUCUUAAAAAACGUUUAUCAGUCAAUCAACCCAUGGACGCCGUACGCAGCUAAACUGUAAAUUAUAAUUACCUUUAUUCUUGCCUAGCUAUCUGCCAGUAGGUUCUACGGACUAUUCAAGCUCACGGGGUUCAGCCUGAAUGGAUUUUAUUCGUUAGUCUAGUGCAUAAUGUAAUAUAUUAAUAACUGGCCUGGCCAUAAAUACUGUUACAUAUUUUUUUUUACUUUUUAAUUAUUUUGAGUAUGUAUGGAACACGCAUAUUAUUUUAAAAACUUCUUUCGAUUUUACGCCAUAUCACCUACGAAUAAAUAGACUUAUAAUUUAUUCGUAGCAUAUCACAAAUUUUUCGUGUUCAUUAUCAAAUUACCAUAUGGAAUGGAGUGUUGUGCCUUGAACAAAGUGGGUAUGGAGCCAUCGGUCAUAUUCCAGACACUUCAAAAGCUUGGUAUCAGCCGUAUGUUCGUAUAUCGUACUAUCAACAGAUACAACAACACUUCCUCUGCCGAAGACCAGAAAUGAUAGGGGCAGCCGCGUGAUGCUAGAACUACAAAGGUUGUUAAUGCUGUUAAAGCCAGAAUUGGUCGAAACCCCAUUAGGAAGCAAAAAAUCUUAUCGCGAGAAAUGAAGAUUCCCGCUAGGACUCUGUCGCGUGUUACAAAACAAGACCUGAAGCUCGGUGCUUAUCGUCGGAUAUGCCUUAAAUAAUUCUUUACAAUUAAAGAGAGUGGAUCGAUCAAAACGCCUUCUAUCGCGAUACGCAGGCGAAAGGCAAAGAAGUAUCCUCUUUACUGAUGAAAAAAAUUUCACGAUUGAAGAACACUACAAUAAGCAAAAUGAUAACGUGCUCACAGUUCUAAAGAAGCUGCUUGGUCGGAAAGGUACAAAGUGGUCAACAUCCUGCGUCAAUGAUGAUUUGGUGGGGCGUGUCUUAUCAAGGAUUCACAAAACUAAUUUUUUGUGAAAAAGAAGUGAAAACUUCAGCCAAAGUGUAUCAAGAUACCGUCUUGGAUCAUGUUGCGAAACCUCUCAGCAAUACACUUUUUAAAAAUAUACCGUGGACUUUCCAGCAGGGCUCUGCACAUAGUCACAAGGCACGAACUACCCAAACCUGCCUAGAAACCAAUAUUCCCGUUUUAUAAGAGCUGAAGACUAGCCUUCGUCUAGCACAGACCUCAGACCUCAAACUUCAGAUUAUGGUCAGUUUUAGGGGCCAUGGCCUGCUCUAAACGAUUCGCUUAAAAAAUCAUUGGAGCAAACAGUGGCGAAAUUUCCCUUGGAAACAGUGUGUACAUUCGUGUAUUCGUGGUCAAACAGGCCUGUAGAAAGGUCAAAGGUGGCUAUUUAGUAUAGAAUAUUUUUUUGUUUAUUGCUGAGACCUUAAUAAAUAUGUAGGUAUAAAAGGAGAUUGCCCAUUUUUCUAUGAGCCGCCGUUGCGCUUUUUUUUUUUGUAUGAUAGCAUAAAUUCUAUAUAAGAGAAGGGAAAUAUCGUACUUUCAAUGAAAAUAAAAAUUAUCCAUUUCUUUUUUGGGGUUUUUUGUUGUUCUUUGAGUUUUGUUUGUUUUGUAACAAACCUUCUACCAAAAAACAACCACUCCUUACAACGAUUAUGAUUUGAAUUCUCAUAUGACAACAGAAAAUAAUUAUUAAAUUUUAGAUUAGAAAAUAAUUAUUUAAUUAUUAAAUUAGUCCCGGGGGGAGAGUGUAAACGCUUCUCUUCCCCCCUUUGCCUUUUCAUAAGUUCUGUCUCAUGCGAGGUUUGGAAGUUGUUUGUUGAGCGACAGGAGGUUUUAGUCAGUUCGACUCUGACAUGCCCAUGCGCCCGCUGGGGAUGGAGGGUGGCAGAACGGCGAUUUCCUCCUGACCAAAAAAAAACCAGUACAGAUUCCUUAAAUACUCAACCUUUUUCAGUUUUUUUCUUUGUCGGUUUUGAAUGUUUAACAACAAGAAAUGGGAUUGUGUCAUUGGGAUUGGGAUUGUUCUUUAGUAAUUUUUUAUUUAUCUAAGUCGCUACUGCAACGAGCCACUAUAAUUUUAUCCAUAUAACGACAGACCGAAUUUACAACUCCGGAUAAUUUAAUAGCGUCCCUUAAAAAUGCAGUAUAAUCGAAAGCAAGUAAACCGUAACUUGUAACCGUUCUAAUUUUGAAAAAAACAUUAAAAAAAUGAUCAAAAUGCAACGCAUAACGGCUAUUGCGCUUGCUAUUUUUUGCGCAAAGAUUAUGAAUGUGAUAAAAGGGGUUUUUGUUUUCGUAAAUAGCUCAAUAGAAACAAAAGAUGACGAAAUCACUGAGAGACUGUGUGCCCAAAAGCGAAAGACUGUAAUUACUUACGCUGGAAUAUAAUCACGUAUUAAACGAAUCGUCUUAUAAUAAAGAUUAUAGAAUACCAUGGAAAUGCACAAGCUACCGCUCGAUACAUAAAGUGAACCACCCAUCUCGAGAAAUACAAUAAUUGAACACAAGUAGGGACCAACGAAAUGAAACGAAUGACAAAAUACUGAACUGUACAUAACUAUUAAAUUCUUUCCCAAGGGUCGAAGUAUCGGGAACUUUUGGUAGGCAGCGACUUGGCUCUGCCCCUGGCAUUGCUGAAGUCCAUGAGCGACGGUAACCACUCACCAUCAGGCGGGCCGUAUGCUCGUCUAUCUCAAGCAAUAAAUAAUAAAAAAGUGUUCAUUCCCGAAAACAAAAACAUUUGGUACGCAACGCAAUCAAAAUGUAAUUGUAAAUAAAUGUAAUUAACUCUCUACGUUUUUAUAAAAUACUAGCUGACCCGGCAAACGUUGUGUUGCCUUAAAUAAGAUUUCUAGGGAAAUUCUACUGUAGAAAAAAAUACCUCAUUUAACCACAUAAUACCUCAUUAUAACCAAAAAAAAUAAUCCAAAAAAUUAAAAUAAAAAAUAAAUGUUUCGGGUGGACAACCCUUAUCACAUAGGGGUAUGAAAAAUAGAUAGUAGCCGAUUCUCAGACCUACUGAACAUACUAUUGAUACACAAAUAAAACAAAAAAAAACACGGCUGAAAAAUGUAUAGUAUUGUAUAGCUCUCAAAUAUAUUAAGUGCAUAAUCUAUGAUAUAUAGUGAGUAAGUAAGACAGGAGGCCGGCUUCGUCCUCAUCCCUACUACGUGAUUUUUGCUGGAUGAGUGGUGACACCUGGCGGGGAUAACUGAUCGAUUGAAAGUUGACCAGUAGUCGACCGGCGAGGGCGGGAGAUCAAAUUGAAUUUAAAAAAAAUCAUAAUUAAACGGACUUGAAAUUAUAAACUCUCAGAGUUUCUUCAAGUUUAUUAGUUUCUUCAAUUUAGUAUUUAAGAAACUUCGAAAAUCGGUCGAGCCGUUUCGGAGGAGUUCAAUCACGCACCCCGUGACACGAGAAUUUUAUAUAUUAGAUAUAGAUACUUAUGUACAAUUAAAAAUCAAACAACAGUAGUAAAAAAAAAUGAAAUUUAUUUUAAAAAAGUAAUUAUCCACAAAAGGCAUAUUAUAAUGUUUAGAAAUAUAUUUUUUUAUUGCUUAGAUGAGUUCACAGCCCUUACUGGAACCCAUAGACAUCUACGAUGUAAAUGCGCCACCCACCUUGAGAUGUAAGUUCUAAGGUCUCAGUAUAGUUACAACGGCUGCCCCACCCUUCAAACCGAAACGCAUUACUGCUUUACGGCAGAAAUAGGCAGGGUGGCGGUGCCUACCCGUGCGGACUAGUGCUACACUUACUUAUCAUUGUGUACGUUUAGAAUAUUAAUGAAAUUAGAAACGAUCCAACUCCACCACUUUGCCGGUGUAAGAAUCGCUCGGCUGCUUGUUUUGCCCUUGUUGCCCGCAUCAAAUUUAAUAAAUAUUUUUUUAAUCAUUAAUAUAAUUAUUAUUAUUGUUAUAUACCUACUUGCUAAAUGUACUAAGAUACACUUUAUAUGAAACAUAGAGUGGAUUGACCCAGGUGAUUUAUCUGAAACUAAAAUUGGGAUGAAAUUGAAUGAAAUGAAGUGAAAUGGGAUGAGAUGAAAGGAAAUAAGGUUCCAGUAAAAUCCCCAUCAUCGUGAUCAGUCAAAUCAUCGACUUUUUGGGAGAACCCGAAAAGCCAUGGCUAGCUAGAAGCAAAGCUAAACGUACACCUGAAGAACCACUAGAAACAAAAACAAUUUAAACGACAAUACAAAAAAAAUACAACAAUUCACGUUCUUCAUCUAUUCUAUUAGCCCACAGACGUCCACUGCUGAACAUAGACAUCUUUUAAGCCUUGCCACAAAGUUCGGUCAUGAACUCAUGACAUAAAAAAUUAAUACGCAGAUAGAGAAAAGAAAUGAUGUGUCGUGCAUACACUUAUGUUGUAAUUAUACUUGAGAACUUAGAACUUAUAUCUCAAGGAUGUCUAUGGGCACCAGUAACCACUUAACACCAGGUGGGCUGUGAGCUUGUCCACUCAUCUAAGCAAUAAAAAAAAACUUAAUCUAAUACAUUCGGUUUCUUUUAAUCUCAAUAUAAAAUUACCUACAAAGUGUUCAUUUUCUAUUGUCUAAUUUUUCAGUGCUUUCCAAUAAAUUAAUUUAAAAACCUUUAAAACUAGCAACCCUGAUCAAAACCACAAAGAAUAUAGAACUGCGGCAGCAAAGAAAAUGGCUGCUAAGUUUCAUGUCGUAACGUUAAAAUCGAUGCGUUGUUUUUUGAGUGUAACUUCGUUUAUGAAUCUAAAAUGCAAAUAUUUUAUGUCCAACAAAUAAGUGAAGUGAUCUUUGCGUGGAAUUCUCUAAUUAGUUUACCUACGGCUUGAAUUAUGUAAGCAGGAACCGUUAAACAACGAUAGCAUCGACGAAAAUGGGAGACUCUCGAUUGUUAUUGUUUAUAACAAUGAGCUUGUUCCUUAGUUCAUCGACUCUGGGGGAAAUUUACUUUUGCCCAUUAGAAUGCGCCUGUCUGCAUUUAUAUGUCGAUUGUUCAAAGAAGAAUUUGGUGUCUGUGCCAAAAAUUCCUGAGUGGGCGGAGCAAUUGGACCUCAGUCAUAAUAAACUAAAUAAUGUCACGAAUGAAUUGAAUACGCUAUCGAAUUUAAAAGUAUUAAAACUCGACAAGAAUAAUAUGAACAAUAUACCGAACCUCCAGUUGGACGAAAUACUAGAACUAAACCUCAAUAGAAAUAACAUUGUAUCAAUAGACACGAAUCAUUUUCCGGAAAAUAGCUCUUUGAAAAUAUUAAAUCUCAACAGUAAUCACAUAAUGACGAUACAUGAAGGAGCUAUUGAUAAUUUAUCCAACUUGGAAGUAUUGAAAUUAAACAGAAAUGAGAUUAAAUCUCUCCCAAAUCAUUUAUUCAAGUAUCAAACAAAUUUGAGAAUUCUAGAACUGAAUCACAAUAAAUUGCAUGUUAUCAAUGCACUGCUUUUUCAAGGAUUAUCAAAUUUGACUACUUUGAAACUUAGAUUUAACAACAUAGAUAAAAUAAUGGAUGGUGCCUUUUUCGGAUUUAAAUCAAUGAACCUAUUGCAAUUGGAUCAUAAUAAAAUCAGAGGUAUAUCAAAAGGGUGGAUGUAUGGCCUUGAAUCUUUGACAACAUUAUCUAUGUCCAACAACUUGAUAUCUAAUAUUGAUCUAGGAAGCUGGGAACUGUGUGCAAAUUUAGAGGUUCUUGAUUUAUCACACAAUCAUUUGAUAGAAAUAGAGGGGCGUACCUUUCAACACCUAAUAAACCUUGAAACAUUAAAUCUUAGUAACAAUAAUAUAUCAUCUAUUUCACAAGAGUCCUUCAGUUAUAUGGCUCAUCUUAAAGCACUUUAUUUGAAUAACAACAAAAUUUCUUGGACUGUAGAAGACAUGUCUGGGCCUUUCUCAAAAUUACAAAAUUUACACUUCUUUAACUUAGCAAGUAAUCAUAUAAAGUCUAUAAACUCCAGGGCAUUUGAUGGUCUUUCCAAUCUAUUGGAGUUAAAUUUGGCUGGAAAUAACAUAACAUCUAUUCAGCAGCAUGCAUUUAAUUCUAUGACAAACCUGAAAAAACUACACAUGAACUCGUCAUCGCUACUCUGUGACUGUAAUUUGUUAUGGAUUGUUAAAUGGAUAAAAGAAAAAGCUGAGCAAAAAUUUAUCACUGCUACUUGUGCAUACCCCUCUGAAGUCAGAGGUGUGUCAAUUACAAAACUGAAAGAGGAAAACUGUGGAGAUUCGCCAAAACCAAAAAUUGUAGAGCAUCCUAAAACACAGCUUGCAAUUAAAGGGCGUUCUGCUAGUCUAGUUUGUUCUGCAACAGCAAAUCCAUUUAAUAAUAUGUCAUUCCUGUGGAGGAAAAAUAAUGGGAAUGUCAGCAAUCCCACUGUAUAUGCAAAUGUGACAUUAUCACAGAGUGGUCAACCUCGUGCAACAUCUACCCUAAUUAUACCUAACAUCUCACAAGGAGAUUCUGGUAAAUACCAAUGUGUUGUAACAAAUAAUUUUGGAACUACAUAUUCUUCAAAAGCAAAAAUGAAUAUUGUCACAUUCCCUAGGUUUAUAAAAACACCAACAAAUGUGACUGUUAAAACUGGUGAAACUGUCACACUGAACUGUGCAGCUACUGGAGACCCUACUCCAGAGAUAUCAUGGAAAAAAGAUGGGGGGAAUGACUUCCCUGCAGCUAGAGAAAGAAGAAUGAAUGUUAUGCCGGAUGAUCAUUUAUUUUUUAUUGUUAAUGUAAAGACAACAGAUAUUGGUGUUUACAGUUGCGCUGCAAAAAAUCCUGCCGGCACUAUUGUGGCUAAUGCUACAUUGACAGUAUUACAAGAACCUUCAUUUGCUAAGGUAAUGGAAAACAAAGAAGUCAUCAGUGGAGACUCAGUUGUUUUACAAUGUAUGAUUUCGGGAUCACCUAAGCCAGUUUUGAAAUGGCUAAAAGAUGAUACUCCAGUUGUCCCUGGCGAAAGACAUUUCUUAGUUAAUGAUGACCAACUAUUGAUCAUAACAGGAGUACAAUCUGACGAUGCUGGUAAAUAUGAUUGUGAGAUCACAAAUGAACUGGGAACUAAGAAACAUAUGACUCAGCUACAAGUAUUGCCACCUGUAGCAAUUAUGGUUAAUGAGGAAGAUAUGACUGGCAUCAUAAUUAUAACUGUAGUGUGUUGUGCUGUUGGAACUUCAAUAAUAUGGGUAGUAAUUAUAUAUCAUACCCGUAGGCGUAUGGCAACUGCAGUGCGUAUUCCUACAGAAAGUUUGAAAAGAACACAUAUAGUGCACAGUGACAGUGAUUCUCCACAAAUGUUUUCAGACAAUGUUUCAGAACAUUCAUCAUGUAAGGAUAGUGGGACUGGUGAUUCUGCUAAACAAACGAGCUUUGAUGGUGUUCCUAUGGAAAGGAUUGAACAAGUACACUUUGAGCCUCCUGCCACCAACCGGAGCUAUUCUCCUGUGCCUGAGGCUCAUAAACUUCUUCCAUCUUCCUUUAAACCAUCAAUUCAAGUAUGCGUUAACACGUCUGUAACGCCAGCUACUUAUAGUUUUUCUAGUCAGAGUAGUAAUGUUUAGAUAAGUAAAUAUUUAUAGACAGCAUGGCAGAUAGUGAUGAACAAUCAAUGCACUUUCACUAAUUAACUAUGGGGUCAAUAAAAAAAAAACUACUCUUUUUAAACGCACAAAAAACUGGGUGUAAUUUUAAAAGGCAAAUUGAAUCUACUCAAGAUAAUUGAUAUUUUGUAUAAUAGUAAUGGUAAAAUAAAAAUUGUAUUUAGAUAAUUUAAACCAAUAAUUAGUGAAAAUGCACUGACAACAGGCAUGCGUAAUGUUUGAGAAUUUGAUUGCUUAGUACAAAACAAACUUGCCAGUAUUGGUUUUCAUAAAUAAGACUGAAGGUCAUUUAAUUCUUAAGUGCAUACUAUAGAAACUAUUAUAUUAUUUAAAAAUGAUGAAUGAGCAUUGUUUGUGUUAAUAUUUUUUUUAGUAGUAAUUAUAUAAUUAUUUUUUUUAUUAAUUCAUAAAUACCUGAUGUAUUUCUGUUCACAAAUGAACAAUCCCAAAAACUUUGUAUAGUUGUUCAGGGGGCCUAGCCAAAGUACAAUUUAUUAGUGUUAAUGCUAAAGUAGACAAAAAAUAAAGAUUGAGAGAAGUCUAAAAUAUCAUGCUAGUAAAUGGCACUUUUUCUAGGUCUUCUGCAUGAACAAAAGUAAAGCUAAAGUAAACCAACUCCAAUAUUUGCAAUGCCAUUGAAACUGAAAGAUUUAUUUUAAUAGAAGGAUACCUAUAUUGAUUAUGUUGGAACAAUAAGUAACGAUUAAAUUUUAUAAUAAAAGCAAAUGCAAAAGUUAUAAUCCAACAAAAAAAAAACUGUUUUCACUAGUGGGUAUUAAUUAGACUACAUUAAGAACCAAUAACCAGCUUGCCUUACUGUGUAGACUGAAUAAAAGUUAUUUUUUUUUCAGUAAGUCAUGUGACAUUUAAAGGAAAGUAGAAUAAUAUGGCAACAAUUAUAAACAUUCUUUCACUCUAAUUUCUUACAAAAAUAUUACAUUGACUAUUUAGGUUUAUUAAAUGAGAAAAUGUGACUUUAAGUCUGUGGUUUCGAUUUGAGAAAUCAACAUUUGUUGUCAAUGUAUUCCAUUUUUUAAAACUUCUAUUUACUGUCAUAUUAUUAAUAUUAAGUACUAAAAGUUGAUAGGUGAUAAGACAAGUAUACAAAAUGAAAACCUAUGAAGUUGGCAACUUAAAAUAAUAUUGAAUACUGAUGUCACAACAAGCUAUCUCAAUACAAAAAUAUAUAAAAUCAUAAAUCAUCCUUGCUGUGCUUGGUGUUUACUACUGUAAAUAUUAUAUGUGUAAUAUUAAUGUGCUUUGGUUAAAAAUAUUAGUGUAUUUUGAUUGUUUCAUUAAAUAGCAUAUAAAUAAAAAAUUACAGUUUUCAAAAUAAAUGUAAACCCAUGCUCGAAAGCUCUUUUGGUAUCAAAUAAUAUGCUACAUUCUUAUUAUUAUAACUUAAUUACAAAUUUAUAUGUAAAUAUAAUAUUUACAUAUAAAUAUUAUAUUUACAUGUAAAUCAAAAAUAUGUUAAUGAUACAGCUGACAUAUACACAGAUAACUGUCUGUACCACAAUCAAUCCUACACAAAUAAUACCACCUUACUUAGCUUUGUUAAUUAAACAAAAACAGUAAUAUAUAAAUUAAUUCAAAGUAGACAAAUGCACAGUAAAUGCAAAACUCAAAGUAUUAUACUUUUAUUUGUACAUAUUAUUAUAUAAAUGAUUGGCAGCUAAUUAGUGUAUUAUGCACUAUGUACUAUGUACCUGUACUACAAACUGCUACUUAUUUUUUAAUUGUUAUAAGUUUGUUUUGUAGUUAAUUUUCUGGAUAAGUAUUCUGUAACAUUGUAACAUUUUUUGUCUUUUAAAUGUUUUGAAGAUUCUAUUUGAAAAUUUAUUAAGUAACAUGCAUACUCCUGGAAGCUGAUAAAUAUUUAUCAUGUAUUAAUGUUACGAAAAUUGUUAAAAUUGGAAAAAAAGAUGUUGAUUUGUUUUUGUUAAUUAAUAUUUUGUCAUUUCAUGCAAAUAAAUUUAAGCUUCCCCAUCAAAUCAAAAAUUAGUAUAAUAGAUCCAGAACAUUUUUAAACUCCUUCCAGUGCUCCUGAAUGAACAUAAAAUUGUAAUAGCUUUACUACUUACAACUGAAACGAAAGCUUGAGCUUAUGAUUAGUGGUCUUUGUGAUGUGAUGGAGUGAUGAUUAUUGUAAGAAUUAAUCGCCUUGAAUUUUCAAGGUUUUGUAUUGUUUACACUUAGGUACUAUGUACAUAUAACAGUAAUUAUUUAUACCGUAUAAAAUAAAUAUAUUAACGCAAUAAAAA